CUUUUCGCUGCCCAUCGCUCACAUCACGAUGCUCAACUCAUACCCACUCCUGGCGCGCAUUGCCGCGCGCGCACGUACAACGCCCGACGCGCCCGCUAUUGCCGUCCCACCUUUCGAGGCGAGCUAUGAGCGCCUUGCGGUCGACAUUCUGCGCCUCGCUCCCCGCCUGGCCGUCUGCGGAGAACGCACCGACGGCCUGCGCGAGGCUCGCGUCGCCCUCCUUGUUGACAAAGGCUAUCUUGCAGUUCUGGGCCUGCUGUCCAUCUGGGCGGCAGGCGGGCUUGCCAUCCCUGUGCUUCCCUCGCUCCCGAUCCCCGAGCAGGCCUAUCUCGUCAACACGGCUGACUGUGCGCUGAUCCUGGUGGACAAGAACAACCGUGCGCGUGCGGAAAACCUCGUGGCGCAGAAGAAGGAGGGAGAGAAACUCAAGAUCAUGGAGGUUGCCGUUGAGGACCUCGUGGAGGAGGUCGGGGACGCGGCGGCGGCGCUCGAGGCGCUCGCACCCAUCGACGGGGACGCUCGUGCCAUGAUGCUUUUCACUUCGGGAACGACAGGCCGGCCAAAGGGCGCGGUCACGCGCCACUCGUCGCUGGCCGCGCAGGUUGAGAGCACGGUCGAGGCAUGGCGCUGGACGCAGGACGAUAACCUUCUGCAUAUUCUUCCUCUGAACCACCUCCACGGUAUUGCCGUUGGUCUCCUCCCAACGCUGUGGGCUGGCGCGAGCGUCGAGAUGUGGGACAAGUUUGACGCGGACAAGGUGUGGGCACGCUGGAUCAAUGCAGAUGGCCAACGGCCAAUUACCAUGUUCUUCUUCGUGCCUACAGGCUAUUCCCGCCUCAUCGCGGCCCACAACGCAAUGGCACCUGAGCGCAAGGCUGAGGCCUCUGCUGCAUCUGCAAAGCUUCGUCUUCAGGUGUCCGGAUCUGCGCCGUUACCCGUUAGCGUCAAGGCCGCAUGGGAGAACGGCAUCGGAGGCGGACAGGUCAUUCUUGAGCGAUACGGAAUGACCGAGACCGGGUUAAUUGCCGGCACGGGAUGGGAGAACGAAAAGCGUGUCAAGGGAUGCGUUGGCUUCCCGUUCCCCGGCAUGGAGAUCCGGCUGUGGGACCCCGCUGAGAACAUCAUCAUUACGGCGCGCGACAUCCCCGGUGACAUUGAGGUACGCGGGCCACAAGUGACCAAAGAAUACUGGCGCAACCCCGAGGCGACAGUCAAGGAGUUCCGUGACGGCUGGUUCCGCACAGGCGACGUGGGCAUUUUCUCCGGCGAGGCGGGCGAGGAGGGGAUGCUCAAGAUUCUCGGUCGCGCUAGCGUGGACAUCAUCAAGAGCGGAGGCGAGAAGCUGAGCGCCAUCGAGAUCGAGCGUGCCAUCCUAGAGCUGCCGGGGAUGAAGGACGUGGCUGUCGUCGGCGUGCCGGACGAGGAGUGGGGGCAGGUCGUAGGGGCGGUGAUCGUCACGGACCGCGAGACUGUCGAGCUUAAGACUUUGCGGGACGAGUUGCGCUCCGAGCUGGCGGCGUAUAAGCUUCCACGGAAACUCAAGGUGCUGGAUGCCAUCCCACGAAACGGCAUGGGCAAGGUGCAGAAGAAAUUGAUUGUCGAGCGCGAGUUCGCGUCUGCGUGAACGUUGGGGGCGGGAGCGCGAGCGAGGCGCAGCAUGAGGAUGAUGCAUGUCGUGGCGAUGCACAUAUAACGCAAAACAGCAGCCAAAGGAUCACGCGGGGCG